AUGGAGCCGCUGGACUACGCAGGGAAGCGUUGGAACAAGGCUCUAGAGGUGGCAGCGCGGGGCGACGGGGUGGGGCUGUCGGACCAGCUCCGCGACCGCUUAUCGUUGGAGUGGAGCAACGGCACGAUGGAGCUCGACGUCAACGUGAAAGUCUUCCGCGGUAAACGUGUCGGCGGCAUUGACAGCGGAUUAAGCGAUAUGAUCCCAACGAAAGCGAUCGUCUGUAAGGCGAUUCUUCAUGAUAAACAAGAUCAACCAAUGUCUUCUUGCACGUGGACAGAACUGAGACCAAUAGUUGAACUGCUAUGA